CUAUCCUCCAUUGGCAUUGCUCGGCCAUAUAUAACGCCAACGGGAGUCUUUGAAUGUAUGCUCAGUCAUCCGUUACGCAAGUCCCUUUGUGUAAGGAUUACAUCAAAUUAUUCUAGCAUCGUGCUUGAGACAACUCGUUGCUUGGCCUGUCCAUAAUAGACAUUAGCAGAGUGUGAUUGCGGCAAUUAUUGUGACCACCAGUUUUGACAGCCACGCAGGGAGUUAAAAACACUCCACGAUAACAGUAAGAGUGACAGGGGUGUGUGUUUUAUAGGAAGUGGGAGAAAAAUCUUACCUCACCACUUGAUGCAAGUAGGUUUAUACCGUGUUAAGUGUCCUUUGACACGAUAUUUAUGUACUUGCAGUACAUGUACGACGGAUGGUGUGUCGCGGUACGGGGAGUUGAGCUCGCUCACGAUUCACAGGAUGAGGCUUCCACGUCCUAAGACAACGGCAUCCAACCGGCGCAUUCUUCUUUUUGGAAUGAUCUCGGCUUCUGCGGUGUGGAUUUCCCUGAUUUAUGUGGGGACGCGUGUGGAAAUGCUACCCAAGAUAACGGGGCUUUGGAGGAACGGCCGAUCGAGUGCAGGUACUAGAGCAGGAGAGGAACUGCAAAAGUAUGAGGACACGAACGCUAGAGGCAACAGUGCAGGUGAGGUCGUUCAUAAACAAGGCCAACCUUCGUGGGGUAGGCCUAAUAUUACUGGAGACCGUGCAAGCCAACCGUUGGGAAUACACGUACUUGAACUUCAAGCCGGUCAAGAUCGUUCGGAGAGCUUACAAGACUUGUACCCGAGCAUAGACGCUCUUCUCAGAGACAUGGGCGUGAUGAACGUGAGCGAAACAAGUGCUGAACACGACUCGGGAUCGUCGCCUGAUGGGAAAGCCCAUGCCCGCGGCAGCGCUGUGCUAUCUACCCCCGAUAGCAAGGUGCGCGUGAUCAUACUGGCCAGCAUGCGAACAGGGUCCUCGUUCGUGGGCGAAUUUCUCGGCAACAACCAGGAUGCCUUUUACCUUUUCGAGCCGGGACUCAGCGUGACUGAGACGUUCGAAAGAUACAAGCUUGGGCCAGGGGUCCAGGAAAAUGUCCAUUUGAAAAUGCUGCAGAAGCUGUUCCGGUGCGACUUCCAAGGCCUCGGUUUUUACAUCAAGUGGCUAUCCAGACACUCAUUGCAAAGCCUGCACAAGAUCGCGCCGCGUUUUUACAGUUCCUGCACUCGCACUCUCUCGGGCCGACGAACCGAAGCCCGGUGGGCGCAGUGCUCUAUCACGCAAGGUAUGGCCACAAGUAUAUGCAAGAAGAGCGACUUCAUCGUGGUUAAGUCCAUACGAGUUCCGGAUAUCAAUCUGUUGCUGCCCAUGCUCGAGGAUAAGACGGAGACGAAUCUGAAAGUAAUACACCUGGUGAGGGACCCACGCGCUAUGAUGAAAUCACGAGUCGGAGCCAUGAGAGACACAAACCUGAGGCGGCUGUCCACCGAUGAUAAGUACACGCUGAGCACUUACUGCAAGUACAACUUGGCCAAUUUGGAACUGGGAACGCGUCGACCCUCACUGAAGCAGCGCUACAUGUUUCUGAGGUACGAGGAUGCGGCCCAGGACCCGAGAGGCGCCGCCGCCAGAAUCUACCAAUUCCUCGGUCGCAGCGGCCAGGUUCCGGAGUCGGUGACGAAGUGGAUCGAAUCCAACACGGUGACUUACAAGCCGGGGAUUUAUUCUACCACUAGAAACUCCGUCUAUGCAUACCAGAAAUGGCGACUCACUCUGCCUGCCUGGACGGCUGUGGAAAUCCAGAAGACGGGGCAGUGUGCAGGGAUGAUGCGGAGGAUGGGCUACCAUUCCCUUGAUGACCGGUGGCAUCUCAGAAAUUUGAGUCGAAGACUUGUAGAUCCAAUUCCACCAACCAAGGAUGAUGAAAAAUAUGACUGGGCGUGGUUUUAGACAGAAUAUCGAAAAUUCGGGGAACUUUGAGUAUAGAAAUAGCCAUAAAACAGGUUUCUAUUGCACAAUUCUACACCUGAGCACUGGCAUAACUUUAAGGAGAAACGACAGCAAAGUGGAAAUUCCUUUUACGAGCCUUUCUCAUUGUGUUCGACAUUGUAAUAAUUUAAAGUCAAAAUAACGAUUUCUGUGUCCAUCAAAUCAAUUUGCAUCUGUCAGUUUCUUCUUGUAAAAUUGUAAACAUGCAAAUGUACAUGUAUUCAAUGCUCAUGAGUAAUUAUUACAUGUAUGUAUAACAGAGAAUUAUAUUGAAAUUAUGAGCUUAAUCCCAGGACUUCUUUUUGCGAAGUGGAUUGAUACAAUGUCCUUGUAUUCCCCCUUUUACGACAAAACAGUAAAGCAAGGGCACAUUUACACGUAUCUCUUGUAUUAAGGAAUAACCCCGACCCAAAUUAGGUCUUGGGUUAUAACCCCUAGAAUUUAUGACUAUGCUUCCAUUUGCAAGUUUCCCUCUUUUAGUACUUUUUUCAUUAUAUUCCAUUCUUCUUUGAGCUUUGCUUUAGUUAUUUCUCUGAUCCUUUCCUGCUUACUCUACAGGAAAUGUUGAUUUCCUCUUCUUGCUCCUUUGUUUAUCCUCUUUCAAAGAAAAGUGGAGAAUACCACUUGUAUUCUCUUCCUCUAGCUAGUGACAGGUGUGCCCUAACAAUGGUCAUCCAGAUUGUAAGUAGGAUGCAGGUACACCAAGUCGCUGCUUGUGUUUACACUUGACCAGAGCUGUGAAACCAGCAGUCCAUGUUAAUUAAGUGCCUUGCCUGCCUGGCCACUAAACGACCAAUCAGGUGUAAUACUGUGUAAUAGUUUUAAAUCUAGCCAAUGGUAGUUGAAUUGAUCAUGUGACUGACCCAUGAUGUGGCAGCUGGUUUGCCCCAAGAGUUGGCAGUGGCCAAGCUAGUAUUCCUGCUUCUGCCACUGACCACACGCGAGAAUUUUUGUCAGCAAACUACAAUUCCACUGCUUGCUGAAUCCAGUAGUGUUGUGGAGGAUUCCGAGGUCCUCUUUCUUCAUAUUUUCCUUUGCUCAAGCGUUGGCUCUCUGUUUAAGAUGAGUCCGAAUAUUACUUUUGUCAUUCUUUAACUUACUGAUUAGUGCUUUUACUUGUGUACUUAUUGCCAGUCUAAAUUAAGAGUCUUCUGAGGUAGUCGGAAGAAAUUGCAAUCCUGCAAAGUCUUUGAAUGAUAUUUUGAGAGGGAAAUCAUUAAAGCUGCGUCAUUUAUUCAUCGACAGACUAAAUGUCUUAAAAUUAUGUAUUUUCUACCUGAUCUGUUGAGUUAUCAUUCGGAGCGAUAC